UGAGAGUUCAAAUGAUGUUCUUUGCUGCUUGGUGAGUGAAAGUCUCACUUCACUAUCUCAUGUUUUCUUCUUUCUAAAGAGGGAAGUCUCGCUCAUUCACCACUACACCGAUCAAUUCACUCUCAUUCACCAGCUCUCCACAUGUCUUGGGGCUCUCUUCUCUUUUGUACUUCUCGCCUGGUAUUCGACUCCGAUACACCUCUUGGUUUUCAUCUUCCAACUUCUCUUUAAUACUUUCCCCCUCAUGUCCCCUUCACCUGACGCGGCAUGCUCAUAAUGAGACUCCGCGAGACCAUCCGUCUGCCCAAUCGACUCAACGAAGAGGCGCAAACUUACACGACCCCAAGAAGAGCGCCAUGUCGAGUCAUCAGUUCAUAUCAGUCCCAAACCGAUACCUUCAAUCCCAACCUCACCCCUGCGGCUUUCCCUACCUUGGAUCGACCGCGCCACCCGCAGCUUCGCACCGAUAACCAGACUCACGAGGACAAAAACAAUGACAGUCGCAAGCGCUCGUACGAGUGCAUGAUCAAUGAUGAUGAUGAUGUCGAUGGCGCGGAGUCCAGAGCCGAAUGCGAAGAGAUACCCGUCGAGCAGAUUGAAAACUUGAUUGCCAAUAAUGGCGAGCUCAACCUGAUCUACGUCAAGAACAUGGCCAUCAUGGCUCGAGCAGAAUCGGAGAGUGCGACAUUCGAGAAGAGUAUGGAAGACAGUGACACGGACGAGGAAGAGGAUGAAGAGCUUGUGGUCGAGCCACUCACGGUAAGAUUCCUAUGUAUAUUCGGGGAAGGGCCGGAUUCAGAAAGCGAAGGACUAACGCGACGAGUUUGAUCUGACGCUGCAGGCUUGCCGAUGGCGCGAUCUAUCACCGCUCAUGCAGGUCGAAGUCUUCGAGAAUGUGGAGGAAACCCAUAGUCGACCCGCCAGGAUCUUGCUUGGGAUCUCAGAAGAGGAUAUGAAGGAGCUAGAGCACAACCGAGUACUCCGGGCGAAGCAGUUGGAGAAAGAAGACCGGCUGCUGGAGGCAAUGCGUGCGAAGCAGCUCAGAGCGAUCCUUCGGACCAACAAUGUCACCACGCGAGCCACUCAGGUGCAGCCGAAAGUGGCAUGCCAGAUGAUUCUGC